AUGGCGCCACAGAAGUACCUGCAGCUUGCUGCCGUGCGGGUGCUACGAGCCAUCAUUGGCACCAAGGAUGAGGCGUACGUGCGGUACGUGUCCAAGAACAACUUGCUCACGCUGCUCCUGCAGAGUUUUGAGAAGUGCAUCAUGCCUCCAGCAUUAGGCACCAAUCUCAUGGCCAGCGCUACCUUGGAGCUCUUGGAGUUCAUCCGGCAACAGAAUUUAAAGGUUUUGGUGGAGACCAUCUGCAAGAACCAUACGCCACUGCUCCAGCGCUAUGCGAGCCGGAUGAAACCGCUCGAGUUGCUCUUGCUGAAAUACCAGCAGAACCUGGAGGUCGAGAAAUACCCCCCCGAGCAGCACGCUUCGGGGGGCCCGAUCGACGGAGGUGGCAAAUCGCGUUCAAGGCGGAUGCGGAGCCCCGGGCGCGACGACGCCGCGGAGGACGACAGCUACUUCGAGUCCUUGGACGAUGAUGAGGAGCCACCGCCCAACGGCAAGGAGAAGAGUGAAGGAUUGCCUGGACUCCUGGGAGGUUAUGCUGAUGAGGAAAAAGAUGCCGACGAUUCAGCUCAAGCGGAGGAAGGGUCCGAGAAGCAGACUGAGGCCGGGGCGAAGUCGCUGGGCCAUGUGUCUAAGCGCCCGCGCACGGUGGAGCCUGAGGAGGCUGAGAAGACCAGUCAGUGA